CAAAGAUAAGAACAACUAUAAAACAGAACUAAGUAAAGCAACACAUAUCUAACAAACACAACCCAGAAACUAAACAUAUCACAAAGUACGUCAACUUCCUCAUUAUGUCGUGAUCCAAUCAGUAGCUAAGACUCUGAACCUCAAAUCCAACUUCAUGCAAAGUUAAGACAAAAUGAAACAGACGGGUAAAAAACACAGAAGGUAAAUAAAUCAUCAAUUAGAUCUCGAGACGAAGACCACAAGCAACGACAAUAAUGCCCCCGAUGAACUCAUUUUAAGCAGCAAGCAAGGCAUGAAGCAAACAAAGGGGCAUUUUCGUAAUAGUGAGGAGGUUCCAUGUAUGGAUCGGGAAAUAAAGAAAGCUUGUCAUAAUUCUGAGCAUGGGCUGUUUUCGUGUGUAACUUGUGGGAUUUUGUGUUUUGCGUGUGUUUUUAUUGUUCAGCCUACAGAAGCAGCAGCUCGUUACAUAAUGUCGGGUGAUUGCAGCAUAUUUAAUUUUUGGGAAGAAAGUGAUAAUGAACACAAUGACAUCAGAGACGCAAAGGCUCCAAACGCAAAGCUUUCUUCUUCUUCAGCUUUGAUGCUUAGAAAGACACACAGUGGACGUGUUUUUGGCGCCCCAUUAUCGGUGGAAAAAGAAAACAGUGUAGGUGUGGUUUCCGAAAAGGCACAAAAAGCGCCCUCGUUACUUGGCCUAUUAGCUUUAACAAAUGCCGAUUUGUCGGACUCUGAAGAGGAGGACGAGAAUGAAGCUGCUGCUGAUAUUUCUUUCCAAGGCGGUGGAAAUUGUAAAAUCGAUAGCCCUGAAAAUGACACUGAUUUACGAAUAUCUGAUUCUAAUACGAAAUCCUAUGACCGCGCAGAAUUAAAAAAAAAAAUCAAACCAGCCAACAACCAGACCAAGAUGGGAAAACAUGAACCAAAUCCAAACCACAUGAUAUUAAAUUUCAUAUCACUCCAUAACCAAACAUCAUAAAUACCUUGCCAGAUCAAUUAUCAUUCAAAGAAGACCAUAGAGAAAAGAAACAUACAACAGAGGCUCCCGAUAAUUAGACUGUAAGAACAGUAAAACCACCCAAAUCAGAACCACAAACAGAAAGGCACGAAAGAAUUUUAGAUAAAACACAAGUUAGAUUAUCUUCCCCCAUUAAGUAUCCAUCACAUCUGUAGAUUUACAUAAGAGACUCUGAAGCUCAUUUUCCAAUGGUUUGCUUAAGAAAUAGUAAAAUCAGAUUCAUCAUUCCUAUAGAAGAUGUAGUUUCAGAUAGUAAAAUUGAACUACGACACAAAAUUAAAUUAUCUUCCCGCUUAGUCAAUAGGCCAGAGUAAUGCAGAUGGAACUAGCAAAAAUUUAUUUAAUACCCAAAAGAGAAGGCCCACCGUCAUUUUUGUCGCAAAUGUCUGCAGACAGAAAGGAAAAGAAGAACAGAGGAUUUGAAGAUUGAUUUGAAAGCAAUAUGACCGUAUAAAAUAGUAAUAUGAAAAUUGGACCGUAUAAGGUUGAGGGAGACAUAAGAAACUACUAUCUCAAAGUACCGGAGACGCAUCUCAAUAAGCCACUACCUGCCGAUCAAAACACAAUUUGCAACCAGAAGCAAGAAAUUUUUCAUGAGAUAAAUAAAUCAGAAAUUAAAUUAUCUACCCCCAUCAUGUCGUCCGUUAAUAAGACUCAAUCUCAGAUCCAACUGCACUAAUCCAUCUUUUGCUGAAGAUGGAACUAAAAUACAAACAAAAGCUACCAUGGGAGGACAUCCACCAUCAAUUUUCGAGAGGAAAAGGAAAGCCGGGAUAAGGAGAAAAUACUCAAACUUUAAGUUGUUUCUUCUACCAAACAUCAUAUUUUAACCAUUUCCUUCGAAACUAACGGACAAGAGAGAACAUAAUCCAAACCCACACAAUCGUAAAAUCGCCCAAAUAGAUUUGAAAACAUUUGAAGAUUGAAUGAGAAGGAUUAUGUCUACAUAAGAAUAUACAAUCUGGAACUGACAAAAACCCACUGAUCAACAUUGUACACGAUCAAAAACAAAAGAAAGAUUUUAAGCUAAUUAAAUCACAAAAUAAAUGAUCUUCCCAUCAUCAGAUCCAACCGAGAUCUCUAGCUCAAGCAAUUGGCGAUCCUAUCAACAAUAUUCAGUUGUACAUAAGCUCCUAUCCACAUUAUCCAGUUGUAGUAAAAUGAGAUCCAUCGUUGUAGUUGCACAGAUAGCUUAGCUCCAUAAAAUAAAGAUGAAACCUUUCCUAAAACCACAAAACACAAAGUACCAAAUAGUAAUAAAGCAGUAAAGCAGUAAAGCAGUAAAGGGAUUUAAAAGAGAUAAUAAAAAAAAUUGUGAUCUAAAGUUAGAAAAAUAAGGAGGAUAGGGGGAGAGAGAGAGAGAGAGAAAAGCGAGAUUGAACAAUAUCUUCAACUGACGGGUGUCUUAGAGCCGAGUUCCUACUUGAAUACAACACCUGUGGAUGAACACAACACAGUCCAAAGCAAAGAUCGAAGGUCGAGGAAUAUCAUAUUGCACAUAUAUAUCAUAAGGAGAAUCAAAUCUUAAUCAGCAGAAUUUAGCAUCCGGUGGUAGAGACUUUACCAGACAGUCUACUUGGAAUCAGCCAAAAUAUCUUAUCUGAACCGACCUCAGAACAACACAAUUGUCAUAUAAACACAAUUACUUCUUCGACAAAGAAUCUUUUUCAUAAGAGAAUCAAAUCUUAAUCAGCCGCACAGCGAGAAGGUUCUUUUCUUCAGCUUGAAGAUCCAAUGGCAGAGAAUCAUGUAUAUGCAGAUCAAAAGGACGAAACUGCUUAGAAUUGUCAUAUAAAUACAAUUACGAAAAAAAAGGAGAACAUACUCAAAGUGCUUUCUUCUACAAGGAAUCUUUUUCAAACCAGGUUGAGCAAAAAUCAAAUCAGACGAUUACAUAAAACACAAUCCAAUCGCAUAACGCAGGAUAAUAAACAAACCCCUUGUUGAUGCAUAGCCGGAUCAAAAUCAAAUCACAAUCAGACGGCCUCGCAAAUACACGGCGGCGGUGAAUCACAAAAUAACCCCAAAUCAGGACCAAUAAUCAGACGGUAUCGCCAAAGAGAAUGGAUAAUCGCAGCCGAAUUGAAUUGCGCAGAUUUCAUAGCGACGACGAUACAUAUAAUAAACAGAAGCAAUAAUCAAACAAAAGGCGAUCAAACCAAUAACAAAGACAAGAGACGAAGGAAUGAGUUACGAUUGUAGGAGGGGGAUGGGUAUUUAUAGAAGAGUCGGUGUUGAGUGGACGGGUGAGAUUAAUCUGAUCGGAGGGUCAGAAAAGAGUACUUAUUCUUCUCGCUUACGCAUAUUAGUAUUUUAUUCUUUUU